GUAAAACUCCGAUCACCACUUCCAGAUUACAUAUCUUAAGAUCGCAUUACACUGAAGGAUCGAUCGUCAUCAUCUACAUCCUACAAGAAUUUUGUCAGGAUUUGAGCAAGGGUGGUAGUAAUAGUAGCAGUAGUAGUAGUAGUCGGCCCUUUUGCAGAGAAAGAUAACCAGAAAGGCGACAACUCUAUUUCCUUCCUUUCACACUGCGUAUAUAUAUAUAUAUAUAUAUAAUAGGCCUGGGAUUAGCUGUUGCGCUCGAGCCGCGCCGUUCGUGUUGUCGCUCGUGCAAGUAGCAGCUUAGAAAUCCACGAGCUUGCCUGUGCCUUUGGCCUGUGGUUGUCGAAAUUAUUAAACAACAACCUUUCAUGAUCCUUUUGCCUUUUCUUCCUCCGCCAUUCUCGCUGUCAUCUCUCUUAUUUGUCAACCCUUCCUCUCUCCACGGUUCCAUUCAUAGAAUAUCAACCACUUCCUUCUUAUAUAUAAUAUAAGCCUUUUGAAAGAGUUUUCAUCUACAAGUUUUUGGCAAAGGCCAGGAUCAAAGGAGGGGGCGGUGUAUUUUAUUACUUUCGAGGUACAGUCUUUGAACCUUGAAGCUUUGGUCUCUGUUCCACCCAUAUAAUUUCCCUUUUAACAUUUUACCGACGUAUUGCCACCUUGAUCCUUUGCAAGAUUUCUGGGAUUUUACUAGCUUGGGUACCUCGUACCAGGUCCCAUUUGUCCUUUCUAUCCUUUCUCUUCCAGUAUUAUAAACCCUUCUCCUACCAUUUCAACCGUUUUCUGUCUUGUGUGCUGGUUUUCCCUUUUCUUUUAUUAAACUACUCUACUCUCUGAAGUCUUGAAUCUGAACUCAGCCCCUUGUUUAGGUCCUUGAAACUCGCAUCUUUUGUGGGUGGGUAUAAAUAAAAAGGAACAGGGAAGGGAGGGAAGGAAUUGUAAGUUGUAUCUUAGGGGUUUGAUGUGGAACCCUCUCUAGAUAUGCUGACCUUAGAAGAGGAUAUUCAAGAAGAAAUCUUUUUUGAUUCCGAAGAUCAUUAUUCAACAGAAAACCAAUUGGAGGAUGGUUACGAGAUCUGGUUGAAAGAGCCCAAGAGUGUUGAGGAGCGGCGUCAGAGCUUUCUACGAGAAAUGGGUUUCGAAAGGUUGGUUGAAAGUGUUGGUGCUGUUUCUGCCGGUUGUAAUAGUUAUACGCCCGUGGCUGUGACUGGUGUGGAUGAAAUUAGUCCGGUUUGCUGUGUUAGAGAAUUGAAUGGCGAAGCCAAUUGCCCUGUUGAGGAUAUUUCAAAUGCAUUGCCCUGUUUGCCCUCAUCUGCUUGUGCAAAUGAUUCAACAUGUAUUAUUCCUGAAGAAUGCAAGAGUACUACUUGUACAUGUGUACGUGAGAGGUCAAUAUUGAAGAAUUGGUGGAAACAGUUUGUAAAUAGGAAGAGUCGAACUAAGCAGGAAGAUGAAAGAGCACAAAGUAGUCGAAUCAAGGUAAACCGGAAGAAGAAGAGUAGGACUGAUUUGAGUGCUCUUUAUCUUGGUCAAGAGAUCUCCGCUCAUAAAGGCCUGAUUUGGACAAUGAAAUUCAGUCCAGAUGGGAAGUAUCUAGCUAGCGGCGGCGAAGAUGGGUUCAUCAGAAUCUGGCGUGUUACUCAAGCCAGUAGAUUCACCAAGGAAACCGAAGAACAUCAAGUCAACCUCUCAAGGAAGAAGACAACUAAUCGCGGUCGCGUUGUUGUCGUUCCUGAUAAAAUAUUCCAGGUUGAAAAAUCACCUAUUCACGAGUUUCGCGGUCACACCGAUGGAAUCCUAGACGUCGCUUGGUCAAGUAAUUCUAAUUGUAUCCUUUCAGCAUCCAAAGAUAACUCUGUUCGUCAAUGGGAAAUGGGUAGCGAUGAAUGCCUUGCAAUUUACCGACACAGUAAUUAUGUAACUUGCGUGCAAUUCAAUCCUUGGAACGGUAAUUACUUCAUAACCGGGUCUAUAGAUGGAAAAGUUCGCAUCUGGGAUCUAUUUGAGAGACGGGUAGUCGAUUGGGCCGAUGUACGAGAUCAAGUGACCGCAAUAUGUUACCAACCCGAUGGCAAGGGAUUGGUUGCUGGUACUCUAAAAGGCUUCUGCCGUCACUACGAAUUAUCAGACAAUGGGCUUCAAUUGAAUUCUCAUAUAAAGGGGAAAAAGCACAAGAAGAUCACUUGCAUUCAGUUCCCUCCAGAAGAUAAUAGUAAAAUCAUCGUCUCCUCAGAAGACUCCGAAGUUCGCAUAAUCAACCUAAAUGUGACGCAUAACUUAGAAGGUCUUCUUCUUCCUCCACAAAGACAAAGGCAGAUGUCGGCCGCCUUUACAUCCGACGGCGGACAUGUAAUCUCGACCAGAAAUAACAAUUCUCAAGUUUACAUGUGGAAAUACGACGAACCCUCUUCCCCUUCUUCUUCAUCAUCUUCAUCUUGUUCAGAUAGAUCAUCAUCGUCGUCAUCGUCGGGUAGAUCUCUGUCUUCUUGUGAGUAUUUCUCUAUCCAUCAUGGAGUUUCAGUGGCGGUGCCUUGGAGGAGAGAGAUGAGUGAGGGAGCACAUGAGAAGCGAGACGGCGGCGGCGGCGGUGGUGGUGGGGGGAGGAGAGAACGUUUUUCACUUGGGAAUUGGUUUUCCAUGGAAGGGUCGAGUCGGGUUUCUGCAACAUGGCCGGAAGAGAAACUGCCAAAAAUGGGGGUGGUGCAGAAUGAGGAUCAAGAUUGGGAUUCUGUAAUGUUGUCGGCGGAGGAACAGCUGUCGGAGACAUGGGGCCUUGUCAUAGUCACGGCUGGUUGGGACGGAAUUAUUAGGACGUUCCAUAACUUUGGCUUGCCUGCAGCAGCAGCAGCAGCAGCAGCAGCAACCAAUAUUUAAUUUUGAUUUAAUUUGAUUUAGAUUUGAUUUUAGAGAAUAUUAUUGAUAGUGGUUUUAAAUUAUUAAAAAUUAUAAUUUGUACAGCACAUGAUCAUCUGCAUAAUUAUUCAGAUUCUGCCAACUUUUUGGUGCCAUUGUUAAUAAUAUAUU